AUGUCUUCUAAGCAGUGCCAGGAACGGGUCUUCUUUUACGUGCUCUAUGAAGCCCGAGGGUAUAUGACAGGAAGGGCCGCGACUCAAAUUCCUCUCCCACCACGGCUGCUAACUAGCAGGAAAGCAGAGGAGUUGGGAGAUGUUCGUCUUAAAGAUCUCACUCCCUGCUCUUUCGGGACUUGGCUCCAAGAUGACCAAAAAAAAAAAAAAAAAAAAAAAAAAAAAAAAAAAAAAAAAAAAAAAAAAAAAAAAAAAAAAAAAAAAAAAAACAACGGUCGUGCCAAAAAGGGCCGCGGCCAUGUGCAGCCAAUUCGCUGCACUAACUGCGCCCGCUGUGUGCCCAAGGACAAGGCCAUUAAGAAGUUCGUCAUUCGGAACAUCGUAGAGGCGGCUGCCGUCAGGGACAUCUCCGAAGCAAGUGUUUUCGACGCCUAUGUGCUCCCCAAACUCAAUGUCAAGCUGCAUUGCUGUGUGAGCUGUGCCAUUCAUAGCAAGGUAGUGAGGAAUCGAUCCCGGGAAGCUCGGAAGGACCGAACGCCCCCACCACGACUUAGACCUGCUGGUGCUGCACCACGACCUCCACCAAAGCCCAUGUAAAGUGGCUUCAUGAAGAUAGAAGAAAACACCUUGGAAAAAUAAAAUGGAACUUAAACUUUAAAAAAAAA